CUGUUCCACUAUUAAUUUCCAGCUCCUUCACUACUAAUUUGCUUCUAUCGUUUUUGUCUCUUCUCAAUUGCUCUCAGAUUUCGCUGCCAUCUCCAUAAACCCUACUCUCCUGCACCCCUGCAAAUCGCCGCUCCAAUUCUGUCCAAUUUUCUUCGGAUGUCAGUUCUAAGUUUCUUUCAGUCGCAGAUGUGAAUGCAUCUAAUAUUUUGUCGCAACUUUUGAAGUGCUCAAUCAGCUUCCUUAGCUCCUAAAAUGGAUCGCAAGGACACAUCUGGCUUUGUUAGUGGGGGCUGCUUCAUCAGAAGCUUUGUCGCAAUUUCUAGCCAUUAGAGUCUUUCAUGCCCUUUUCUACCGUGUACCUCAGAUAUCCAAAAUUCUAUUCUUAUCAUUCAUUUCUUGUUCAUAUAAAUUUUCUUUUACUUGGGUUGGAUAAAAUUACAAUUUUAUUGCAUGGAUGGAACCCUUGGCAAUAAUAUCACUUUCGCCUCUGCAUCAAACGAUCAGGGCAAAGUUGUGGACAGCGUUAUAUGUGACCUGGGCUUUCAUUCACCUGGGGCAUUAGGAUCUUUUGUUUCCAAGGGAAGCAAGAGAAAAUAUAGUUCCAGCAAUCAGCCUAUUAAAUUCAAAGAUGGAUCUUCAUUGGUUCUUGAGUUGGGACUUCCAUCCAGUUCCUGCACUACGAUAUGCUCGGGAAAGGAGGCAGAAGAGGAGUCUUCUCUGGAUCUUGGUUUAAGUAUGAACCUGAAUGUGGGAGCUAACAUGAUAUCGGAUCUAAAGAAGGUCUCUGGUGGGAAGUUAAAUGCAGUGAAGAUGCGGAGUCCCGUUAUUGAUCUGCAAUUAAGUCUGUCCACUGAAACUGCUGAAUCUGAUGUAACCUCCGUGACCCAAGAAUUCAUCCCUUGUCAGAAUUACUAUGAGUCGCUAGUUUUAGCCCCGACAGUUGAACAGCCAAGAGAUGAAGGAUCAACAUCUGCUCGAUGGAAAAACAAUCCUUUUGUUCCUCCCGUGAAAUGUCAGCAAGAGAUUACUAUUCCUUAUGACCAAGGCCAUGGCUGUAACAACCCUACUACUGUGGACCUGAAUAUCUCUCCGUCUCCAAUGACCCCCCCAAGUUCUAUUGGAACCAUUUCUACUCCAGUAAAACAACGGAAAACUAGUGUAAAAACAUGCCUGUUUGAAGAUUGUGCCAGGGGAGCCAGAGGUGCUUCUGGUCUGUGUAUUGCCCACGGAGGUGGCCGGAGGUGCCAGAAAGCUGGCUGCCAGAAGGGAGCUGAAGGUAAGACUGUUUUCUGCAAGGCACAUGGUGGUGGUCGGCGUUGCCAGCAUCUUGGGUGUACUAAAAGUGCAGAAGGUCGUACUGACCAUUGCAUACGCCAUGGUGGUGGUAGGCGGUGCAGUCAUGACGAUUGCACUCGGGCAUCAAGAGGCAGGUCUGGUCUGUGCAUCCGUCAUGGAGGUGGGAAAAGAUGCAAAAUAGAAAAUUGCGCUAAAAGUGCCGAGGGCAUUGCUGGCCUCUGCAUAUCUCAUGGGGGUGGGCGGCGCUGUCAAUACGCCGAAUGUACAAAGGGUGCUCAGGGAAGCACAGUGUUCUGCAAAGCUCAUGGCGGUGGCAGAAGGUGCACGUAUUUGGGAUGCACGAAAGGGGCUGAAGGGAGCACUCCGUUUUGUAAAGGCCAUGGUGGUGGGAAACGAUGCACAUCAGAAGGAUGCAGCAAGAGUGUUCACGGGGGUACUCUAUUUUGCGUUAACCAUGGCGGGGGUAAGAGGUGUGCAGUGCCUGAAUGUACCAAAAGUGCGAGGGGACGCACAAAUCAUUGCGUCAGGCAUGGUGGUGGUAAAAGGUGCAAGUUUGAAGGAUGCCCGAAGAGUGCACAGGGAAGUACAGAUUUUUGCAAGGCACACGGUGGAGGAAAAAGAUGCUCUUGGGGACACCUGGGCUCAGGUCUCGGCAGUCACGGCGCUGUUCCAUGUGAUAAGUUUGCAAGGGGAAAGUCUGGCCUCUGUGUUGCCCAUAGUGCACAAGUGCAAGAAGAAAAAACCCAUGGUGACUUUGCAUUGGGUUCGGCAACGCAGGGUUUUAGUACAUCUACACAGAUGAAUGGCGUUUUUGCACCUGGAGCUGGAAUUUCCUAUCAUGGAAGCACUGGAGCACCGUCAAUAGGUUUUGGGCACGUCCAGGCAUCUCUGCCAUUUGCAGUUGGAAAUAUUUGCUGGGAUCAGAUGUCUCUUCCGGAAGGCAGGGUCCAUGGAGGUGGCCUGAUGGCAAUGCUUGGUGGACGCACAAUCGCUGCAACGGCGGAUAGGAUUAAAGAAAGCAGUGGCUGAUUAGGGAAUCUGGGAAUCAUCUGCAUCUGAUUUGGCUGGUAGGUAUGGAUUAUAUUAAAGUAUGUGCAAGUAUAUCAUGUUUGAAUUUAGGCGGUAAUGGGUAUGAUUAUGAUUAUGAUUAUGAUUAUGGUGGUUAAAGAUUAUCACUAGUGUAUAUACUGAGGUCAAGCGUCGUCCUAGUUAGAUAGCUUUGGUUUUACGUUUUAGUUAGACUGCCAGUAGAUAUAUAUUCAAGUUAUGAACAUAUUUGGUGUAACUAUUUUUGUCUUCAUGUUUUGAUAUUGGGUCCUAGUUUAAAUGGAUGUCAUUCUGCGUUUAUCUUUUUUA